AUGGACAUGGACUUGCUGGACGCUCUGGACGAGAUGCUGGCCUGCACGGACGAACCCAUCGAGACGGGUGAUAGUGAAGGAAGCCACGACGACGAGCUGUUUGUCCAGUGGAAGAAAAUAGCCGACCGACAAAAAGUCGAAGCGGAUCGCUCCGUGGUAGAGAAUCUUAAGCUGAGGUCCAUGCUAGACGGGCAGUUAAAGAUGGCCAGGAGUCUAGAGGCGGCUAUCCAGCACCAACAUGAGGAAGCUGCUCAGCUGUUGUCUCUGCAUCGUGUCAAGGCCGAGCUAAACGCCAUUGACAGAGGCAGAAGGCCACGCGCCAUUAGCUUAUCGGAUGAUCUCAUCUUUGCUCAACUUAACAUCGGACUGGAAGCGCAAUACGCAGAGUUUGACUCGGUUAUCGACAAGACGGGACUUGCAAAGCUGUUGCAGAGCUCAAAUCAAAUCCAGACGCUCCACACUCCGCAAGGUAUCGCUUUCCGCCAAGGAGAAGCCCGACUACUUCCCUUCACUAUGCCCGCAGUUCCUCGCGCGAUGUGGAGUUGUGUACGCUACGGCAAGGCGGAGGAGCUGACGGGUCAUAUCCACACUCGAGUUGUUAAUAAUGACCACCUGAAUGUCACGAUCGUCGAUAAGGUGCAGCUGGCAAAGUCUCACAGCAUCGACACGUGUGCUAGACUGGCGAUGCGCCGCUACUUCGAGCAGAAUCGAAUCAUCGUCGUGUGGAGCGGAUACGUGGAAAUCACGGGCUCCUUCUUCGUGCGUCUUCGUGAAAGAUGA